UUUACCCACGAGUUUCAUUCCCGGUACGCUGCUUGAACAAAACGGCUGCUUCUUGCUUCGUGGAAAAGCUAAACCUGUUCAAAAGUUGAACAAUUAGACACAUCGUGCUGAUUGAAGCAAAUUCCUGCUACACGUAUACCUGUACAUAACGAGACGCUUCCAGAAUGAUCAUACCGGUGCGAUGUUUCACAUGUGGUAAGGUGAUAGGCAACAAAUGGGAAGCGUACCUUGGAUUGCUGCAGGCCGAAUACACCGAAGGUGAUGCGCUCGAUGCACUCGGUCUCAAACGGUACUGCUGCAGGCGGAUGUUGCUUGGACACGUAGAUCUGAUUGAGAAGCUGCUAAAUUACGCCCCGCUAGAGAAAUAAGAACGCUUCAUUUGUAAAUUCUCACAAGAGUGUGAAUACAUUUAAACAUUAUUAUUAACCAAAAACAUCGAUAACAGCCGC